UCUCAUACUGCUGUUGUUGGCUGUUCCAUUUUCGCGGAUCCUUGCAAGGCUGCUGGCCUAAGCCACCUGUCUAAGCCACCAUUCAUAGGUGUACAAAACAACCAGCAAUUCCUCAUUUCAUUCGAUCUCAACAACAUUGCACUCAGGAUGCCUACGCCAAAUAACUUUCGUAGCCGUCCAGUAUAUAUCGACCUUGACGGCAACCCCUCUUACCACUACACAUGUGGAGACGUCAUUCGCGGGAUCGUCCGCGUCCAUCCAACCGUCAGGCCUAGCUCUGUCAAGCUCUUUCUCAAGGGACGCUGCAAGAUGAAAAUUGUAGUUCAGAAAGGUCAGAAUUCGACUACAUACAAGGAAAAGGUAGAACUGUUCUCCCAUGGUCUGAAGCUCUUUGGGUCUUCUCAGCCUGGCGCAAGUUAUGAGAUUGUCAAUAAAGGCAUUGCGGAGGACGGCAACGUGGAACUGCCUUUCCAAUUCAUCUUCCCGAGCUCAGUUGAAUCAAACCCUACAACGAGGUUUCCAGAGCGCCGGGGAUUCGAGCACCAACCGGGUCACCCUCUGCCACCCAGCUUGUCAGCUUCGAUUCGAGAGUCGUCCCUAUCAUUUUCAUCUAAUGACCAAGCGGUCGAGUACUGGAUCGAGGCUCAAGUCUUUGGGAAAGCAGCUCACUCGGUGGUUCAACCACUUCCUUUCCUCCCACCAGUUCCGUUUAUUGACCCAACACGCUUUAUCAACACUACGCCAGACCGCCGUUAUGAGUUGUUUGUUACAUCUCGCAAAUUGCAUCCCGACUACAACCCAGACGAAAAGAUUUUCCGCAGGUUCAAGAACGCCUUGACGUCAAACUCAGAAAAGGCCCCUUGGGCGAAGUGGAGAAUUAAAGCGUAUGUGCCCACCACAUUGCUCGCAGGGGCGCAGAUACCUAUAAAGAUAUCAUUCCAGCACCUCAAGAGCUCAGAGGAAUUACUCGACGUUCCUCCACUAUAUAUUAGACGAGUCCAAGUUAAGCUCAUCUGCACGAGCUCAGCGCGCAUCCCUUACUCGGGUUUUACAGGGGAACGUGACAUAGAUACGUCUGAAAUCGAUGAACAUCUCAUUCUUCAUCGAAGUUUUCCGGAACAGAAAAUGCUGUUAUAUGAUGACCUGCCAUUCUCAGAUUUGGGCCCGACCAAGUUGCCAGAGUCUAUUAUCCCAAAUUUCCAGACAUUUGGCUUACAGUGGGAGUAUUCCAUCCAUGUCAAACUAGAAUUGGAAUGCGCGAAAGUGUCUUCCAAAGUCGUAGCAUGCCAUGGACCCUGCCGGGUUGUGCGUGGUACGAUACGUCCACCUCCAGGAGAGCCUCCGGCACAAGAAGUACCUCCGCCGUUCAGCGAAGUGUCAAGCAGUACUGAAAAAGUGCUCUCGAAGGAACCUAGCGCCGUCGAUACGGCGAUAGACGCACCCGAAUCCUCCACUGCGGGUGCGGAAAAUGCCUCCAAAGAGCCACCGCCACCCUACCAGGGCUGA